CCCUCCCCACGCCACCACCAACACCACUACCACGUCCUGUGCCUCCUCUCUAUCUUCAGAUCCGUUGCUUUGCUUUGGACGGGGGAAAUCCUUAACUGAGUUGCGUCAUAAAUACGUCAAUAAACUCUCAUUCACUGACGAUCAGGUACCACGGUAGCCGCCAUAUUCGCAUCUAUGGCAGGGUUGCGGUGCUGUCGGUGAGCGUAUGGUCCAGUCAUCAACAUCUGCUAUUCCGGCACCAGUCCCCCCGAUCCCAUCCCGGUAGCGAUCCGCAGCGGAACAGCUUGCGACUGAUCGUCAAAGCAGAAGAGCCGGACUUCUACAUAGGGGAAGAUAUGCAACGUGGAGCGGGGGUCUAGGUGGACUACGAUGCCUUAGACUUAGUGGAAACCUGGCACAAGAUGGAGGUAAACAGCGUUAGUAGUGAGGUCAAUGGACAUCAGAUCAUGGAUGAGCCCAUGGAGGAGGGAGAGUCUUUCACGCACUGUGAUGAGGGGACAUAUAAGGAGAUUCCUAUCACCCACCAUGUGAAAGAGGGCUGCGAGAAAGCUGAUCCAUCUCAGUUUGAACUGCUCAAAGUCCUUGGCCAGGGCUCUUUUGGCAAGGUGUUCCUUGUCAGGAAGAUUUUGGGUCCAGAUGCUGGUCAGUUAUAUGCAAUGAAAGUUCUAAAAAAGGCAUCUUUGAAAGUCAGGGACAGAGUUCGCACUAAGAUGGAGAGAGACAUUUUAGUGGAAGUCAAUCAUCCCUUCAUAGUGAAAUUGCACUACGCCUUUCAGACAGAAGGGAAACUGUAUUUAAUACUGGACUUUCUCAGGGGAGGGGAUGUAUUCACUCGCUUAUCCAAAGAGGUUAUGUUUACAGAGGAAGAUGUGAAAUUCUACCUUGCAGAGCUGGCCCUGGCCCUCGACCAUCUGCACAACCUGGGCAUAGUUUACAGAGAUCUCAAGCCAGAGAACAUCUUACUUGAUGAAGCUGGUCACAUAAAGUUAACAGACUUUGGCUUGAGUAAAGAGUCAGUAGAUGCUGAUAAGAAGGCUUAUUCGUUCUGUGGUACGGUGGAGUAUAUGGCCCCUGAGGUGGUCAACAGGAGAGGACACACACAGAGUGCAGACUGGUGGUCUUUGGGAGUACUCAUGUUUGAGAUGCUAACGGGGACGUUACCAUUCCAAGGGAAAGACCGCAAUGAGACCAUGAACAUGAUUUUAAAAGCUAAGUUGGGGAUGCCCCAGUUCCUCAGUUUGGAGGCCCAGAGUUUGCUGAGAAUGCUGUUUAAACGUAACCCAGCUAACAGACUAGGGGCCGGGCCAGACGGAGUGGAGGAGAUCAAACGGCACGCUUUUUUCUCGACCAUCGACUGGAAUAAACUGUACAGGAGAGAGCUGCAGCCGCCUUUCAAGCCGGCAGCAGGUAAACCGGAUGACACGUUCUGCUUCGACCCUGAGUUCACUGCUAAAACUCCUAAAGACUCCCCAGGUAUCCCUCCCAGUGCAAACGCCCACCAGCUCUUUAAAGGCUUCAGUUUUGUUGCUCCAACCCCCAUGGACGAGAACAAGAGCUCACCGCUGCUCAGCAUACUCCCUAUAGUUCAGAUGCAUGGAGGCUCAGCCAAGUUCUCUGAUCUGUACGAGCUGCAGGAGGACAUCGGGGUUGGCUCUUACUCCAUUUGUAAACGCUGUGUACACCGAGUCUCUGCCAUGGACUACGCUGUGAAGAUUAUAGACAAAAGUAAGCGGGACCCAUCUGAAGAGAUUGAAAUCCUGAUGCGAUACGGGCAGCAUCCGAACAUCAUCACUCUGAAAGACGUGUACGAUGAGGGCAGGUAUGUUUACGUGGUAACGGAGCUGAUGAAGGGAGGAGAGCUGCUGGACAAAAUCCUCCGGCAGAAGUUUUUCUCGGAGAGGGAGGCCAGCGCCGUGCUCUUCACCAUCACCAAGACUGUCGACUACCUCCACUGCCAAGGGGUGGUCCACAGAGACCUGAAGCCCAGUAACAUCCUGUACAUGGACGACUCGGGGAAUCCUGACUCCAUCAGAAUCUGUGAUUUUGGUUUUGCCAAGCAGCUUCGAGGGGGAAACGGCCUGCUCCUCACUCCCUGUUACACCGCCAACUUUGUGGCACCAGAGGUACUAAUGCGGCAAGGUUAUGAUGCAGCCUGUGAUAUAUGGAGUCUGGGAGUCCUACUCUAUACGAUGCUGGCGGGGUACACGCCGUUUGCUAAUGGGCCAAAUGACACACCAGAGGAGAUUUUACUUCGAAUAGGGUCUGGAAAGUUCUCUUUGACUGGUGGCAACUGGGAUACUGUAUCAGACACCUCAAAGGACCUGCUGUCCCAUAUGCUCCAUGUAGACCCUCACCAGCGAUACACAGCAGAGCAGGUUCUAAAACAUUCCUGGAUAACCUGCAGAGAUACGUUACCACACUUCCAGCUCACACGCCACGACGCACCGCAUCUGGUCAAGGGAGCCAUGGCUGCCACCUAUUCAGCACUGAGCCAGAAGACGAGUCAGCCGGUGUUGGAGCCCGUGGCGGCGUCCAGUCUAGCGCAGCGACGCAGCAUGAAGAAGCUCACCUCAACAGACAUGUAGUAACGCACCGCUCGCCCACCAAUGUUGACCUCAUUCUCAGUCAGGACUCCCAUACGCCAACAGAGAUGCGUGCACACAGACCCCCGUUCUGGCCAGUCGCACUUCUGUCUCCCUUUUUAAUCUAUUUAUUUGACGCACCCUGCAUUCACACACUCAACACACACACACACACACACUGGACGAGGUUGCAUUGCAAAAAAGAAGAAGUCAGCUCAAGAUGAAGAUGGAAACCUCACAUAUCUGUUACUGCUGGGGAGACAGACUUGUAUUUAUUUCCACAGCUUUCAUAUGCACUUGCCCUCCUCGCCUUUCAUUUGUUCUUCCUCUUGUGGGGAAGAAACGCACCAGCUGAUGUUUUCCUUCACUGUGAUUGGCUGAUUCAAAGCUGCUUCGAUAAACUGUGCCCCCCCACUGCUCUUCAUCUGCGCUCCGCCAUCCUCCUCCUCCUCAGUUCUCUCCCUGUCCCUGUUUGCUUUCACUCUCUGAACUUCUUUCCUUCAAAGUGAAGUAAUGGUUUAUGUGUGAGAGUGCUGGAAAGAUGAUAUUGACUGAGGGAGAAAGUCCGACUGUUUUCCUUUCUGAGGCUAGUGAAUAGAAAAAUACACAAUCCUGCUCGUGGCAGAUUAAAGAAUCCCUCAAGUUCAGAAUCUUCUACCAGCACUUUUGUUAACAUAAAUGCAUGCGUGGACACAAAUCUGUAUUGCUCUUCCCUUAAAAUUUACCAUCUGACUCAUGUUCAUUUGUGAUGCUAACCGUGUAUCAAGAGGUAACAUUAGCUGCAAACAGACAUAAGGUAACAGCUUAAAGGUGGAAAAAAAGAUAACAGAAAUUAAACUUAAAAUGUUGAUGAAGAGCAUGUGGGGGAGCUGUAGGGAUUUCUCUGGGGGGAAUGGGACGCACCCCAUCGAACCAGAGAGGCUGAAUUAAAAAAAAAAAAAAAAAAAAAAAAACUAAAAGAUUUCCAUGGAUAUCUCUUCAAAAAGACAUUGUGGAAAUUGUAUGAUAUUGUAUUUAUUUCAUUUGAUUUUUAAGAUUCUAUUUUUCUUUCAAGUUCUGUAUAUAUUGACAUUAAAGAUCAUUAUUGACAUGCA